AUGAAGACUUCUAGCAAGCCGAAGCAGGAAAGUCAGAACCAGAGGCACGCGGAACCGCGCGAGAAGCCGGUAUACUCCAUGAAGACUUCUAGCAAGCCGAAGCAGGAAGGUCAGAACCAGAGGCAUGUUAAGCCGAAGCAGGAAGGUCAGAACCAGAGGCAUGCGGAACCGCGUCAGAAGCCGAUAUACUCCAUGAAGUCUUCUAGCAAGCCGAAGCAGGAAGGUCAGAACCAGAGGCAUGCGGAACCGCGUGAGACGCCGAUAUACUCCAUGAAGACUUCUACCAAGCCGAAGCAGGAAGGUCAGAACCAAAGGCAUGCGGAACCGCGUCAGAAGACGCAGCUUCAGCCGCCCACUGCGAGGGCAGUAGCAGAUGCAGCGCGAGAAACCUUACCUGCACCGGUGGUGGUCGUUUUGCCACUAAGCGAGUCCAGCGAGAGGUCCAGCUCUUCGACGUCGAGCUCCUCGAGCUGUAGCAUGCGCUUGUAUGGCAGCAGCAGCUCGGACACGACCAGCACAUCGAGCAGCACGGCCGCCUUGCAGAAUGGACAAUACAAGGCCGCGGAGAGCAAGCGCAGGCCCCGGUACAGCGACGCAUCAUUCCCCAAUCGCAGCAAGAGGUCUUCCUCCACUGACACCGGAACCGUGCCGGAGCCACAGGGGAGCAGCAGGAGCAAGUUCUGGCUGUACUCCGUGGCGACCAUCUUGCUGACCACCACCAUGGUCAGCGUCAUCAGCAUGUCGCUGCGCGCUGCCGACGCCGAGGCGGACGAGUCGCACAAGUACGUCCUCCCCAAGAAGGCGACUACCGUGGUAUCGAAGCAGUGCAGUUGCUCCGAGGGAAGCGGCACGAACGCGGCAGAUCACGACGACGCUGCCAAUCCCGAUCUUCGCCGCGGCCUAACCAGCUUCGAACCGAAGCAGGGGACAGCGGCCGAAGGCGUGGAUACGAGGGCAACCGGCUCUCGGCACAAGAGUGCUACGGUCGGCGGCGAGGAUAAGCUGAAAGCAGCAGGCGGUGGUAAUGCGAGCGCCGUCACAACGCUGCGCGGCAAUGAUGAUGCCGUACCGGACGACGGCGCGCCGCAGAAGCUCGCCGGCAAGGCUACGAAGUCCUUCAUCGCAUUGAAGAUCGGGCCUGGCCGGACGAAAGCAAGACGCGCGGACGUCGCCCACGUCGCGAACGCCAGCGACGAACGAUGCCGGCAAGGAAACGGUACGCGAGCUACAGACGCGCGCUAA